AGCGGAAGUGGCGUUGGUCUGGCCGGAGCCCUUGGGUGAAAUUGUUAGGCGUGGAGAGGGAGUGAUGUCUUCCAGACUCGGUGCAGUCCCCGCUACCCCGGGACCCACGUCCUUUAAGCAGCAGAGGAGCACCAGGAUCGUGGGAGCUAAGAAUAGCAGGACCCAGUGCUCCAUAAAGGAUAAUAGUUUCCAGUACACUAUCCCUCACGAUGACUCCUUAAGCGGCUCAUCAUCUGCCUCUUCAUGUGAACCAGUGAGUGAUUUUCCAGCAUCCUUCCGAAAAUCUACCUACUGGAUGAAAAUGAGGAGAAUCAAACCAGCUGGAAUGUCUCGUACUGAAGGGUCAGGUGGAGCAUCAGCAAAAGGAAAAAGGAAACCCAAGCAGGAAGAAGAUGAAGAUUAUGGUGAAUUUCCUCAGAAAAAGCAUAAGCUUUAUGGGAGGAAGCAACGGCCUAAAACUCAGCCUAAUCCCAAAUCCCAGGCUCGUCGUAUUCGGAAGGAACCACCAGUUUAUGCAGCAGGCAGUUUGGAAGAACAAUGGUACUUAGAAAUCGUGGAUAAAGGCAGUGUUUCCUGUCCUACCUGCCAGGCAGUGGGGAGGAAGACCAUAGAGGGUUUAAAGAAACACAUGGAAAACUGCAAACAGGAAAUGUUUACUUGCCAUCAUUGUGGGAAACAACUUCGUUCACUGGCAGGGAUGAAGUAUCAUGUCAUGGCGAAUCAUAAUAGUUUGCCCAUUUUGAAGGCUGGAGAUGAAAUAGAUGAACCAAGUGAGAGGGAACGGCUUCGAACAGUCCUAAAGAGACUGGGAAAGCUCAGGUGCAUGCGUGAGAGUUGCUCCAGUACCUUCACCAGCAUUAUGGGAUAUCUAUACCAUGUUAGAAAAUGUGGCAAAGGGGCUGCAGAGCUGGAGAAGAUGACCCUGAAGUGUCACCACUGUGGAAAACCAUAUAGAUCGAAGGCUGGACUUGCGUAUCACCUGAGGUCAGAGCAUGGGCCUAUUUCCUUCUUUCCAGAGUCGGGACAGCCAGAGUGCUUAAAAGAUAUGAGCCUGGAGUCAAAAAGUGGGGGGCGAGUUCAGAGGCGUUCUGCCAAGAUAGCUGUAUACCACUUGCAGGAGCUGGCCUCUGCUGAACUGGCCAAGGAGUGGCCUAAGAGGAAGGUGCUUCAGGACCUGGUACCUGAUGAUCGAAAGUUAAAAUAUACUCGCCCUGGGCUACCUACCUUCAGCCAGGAAGUACUACACAAAUGGAAGACAGAUAUCAAGAAGUAUCAUCGUAUUCAGUGUCCUAACCAGGGUUGUGAGGCUGUCUACAGUAGUGUAUCUGGCCUUAAAGCUCACCUAGGCUCUUGUACAUUGGGAAACUUUGUGGCUGGAAAAUACAAGUGUCUUUUAUGUCAGAAAGAAUUUGUGUCGGAGAGUGGUGUCAAGUAUCACAUCAACUCUGUCCAUGCUGAGGAUUGGUUUGUUGUAAAUCCAACAACCACCAAAAGCUUCGAAAAGCUGAUGAAGAUAAAGCAGCGGCAGCAGGAAGAAGAAAAGCGGAGGCAGCAGCACAGGAGCAGAAGGUCUCUUAGAAGGCGGCAGCAGCCUGGCAUUGAGCUUCCUGAAACUGAGCUGAGUCUUAGAGUAGGGAAGGAUCAGAGGAGGAAUAAUGAGGAACUGGUCGUGUCGACCUCCUGUAAGGAAUCAGAGCAGGAGCCAGUGCCCGCACAGUUCCAGAAAGUAAAGCCCCCAAAGACGAAUCAUAAACGAGGAAGGAAAUAGGCAGUCAGUGAAAGUGCUCCUAGGAGAGUGAAUGUGAUGCUCUUGUCACAGGGAACUAUGUGGGGAGGCCUGAGUGGUGGGGCUGAGCGAAGAUGCUUUCAGCUAUUCGUGUAAGGCUGUGACUUUCUCAGCUCCUUUCUCCUGUGUAAAUUUCAUUGUCUUCUCUACUAACUCACUUUCAUUCUCCCUCUUUCCCCUUUUAGUAGGUUUUCCUACUAUUCCUCUUUGGAGUCCUCUUGUUUUUCUCUUCUCUUGCCCAAAGAGCUCCCUCUUAAGGCCAAGUAUAUGCCCCUCUUGCCCUAUUCAAGAUUAAGAAACCUGUUUGGUUGUCUUUUCCUUCCUGGGGUUUGAAUGUUCUUGGAAGCUCCAUUGAUUUAGUAGCCAUUCCAUCAUCUAGCUUAUAAAACAAUUCCAAACUAAUUUUUUAAAACCAUACUGGUUUAUCAUUUUGUAUUUGUGAUAUUGUUAUAGAAGCUAGAACUGUUGUCACUUAUAUAGUAGGUUACCCUGUCCUCUUGGGAAGCAAAACUUUAUGGAGGCUGUUGUGUGUCCUCAAUAUGGUUUUAGGAUUGAAAGUAAGAAAAGGACUUAGCAAGAAAAAGCUAGAACCUCCCUCCACUGGUUAUACUGGGAAAUCUUUCUACCAGGUAGCAGUGACUACUAACUAGACCCACAGGCAUGAAAAGCAGCCUUAGGAGUAAUGUGGCUCAAACAUUAAAAUGACUAGAAAGAAAAAAGUAGAAGCAAUAAAUACUGCUCCAAACUUUCUGGGGCCUGAAGUCUCAUCUGUUGCAAUGAUGCCCUCCUGAAGCUUGCUUUUGCUCCCUUGAUUCUAAGGAUUGAGAAAUGUCACAAUGCCCCUGACACAGUAGCCUACUGCUCCUGGUAAUGCCAUUAAGAUUGGAAAUCAUGGUGCACAUUCCUUCUGCCCUGGAUUUUACCUCACUUGUUAGUCUAUAAUCCUGCUAAGUCCUCAUCCAUUCCUUUAGACAACCCUGUGUCUGAAUUUUCUGAGAAUAUUGUCCUUCUACCCUCUUUUAUAUAUGAAGUUCUAUCCUCUUUAUAUUCUGACACUUUGACACCAGAUGUAGAUAUUAAUCUGGAGCUGGAAAGUAAAGUUCUUUUUCUGUACCUCAUACUUACCUGGUAAUGUUUAAUGGACUCUUCCCCUUUGAGGGUGGCUUUCUCUGGAGCAUUGGUUAGAGCAGCAUUGUCGUGUUUCUGGAUUCUCUUUCCCCUUUUGCAUAAAAUGUUGGUCUUAUAUAUUCUUGCCUAUUUUGUGGCAUAUGCCACUUAAAAAAUUAGACUUGAUGUGGAUGAAUACUACCUUUCAAAUUCUGAAGGCUAUUACCACCCUUUAACUCUGUUGUUUGUGCUCCUCUGAAUAGCUUUAACAUGUGGGCUUUUGUGAAGACCACUUUCAAACAAGGAGCAUUGAAACCUGAAUUAGAUACUGCCAGAAUAGGUAGUUUUGAAACAAGUGAAGGAAAUGGAAUGUCUACACUACAUUUUUAUCCUUAAAACCUUUCAGUAGAUGAGGGUUGUCAGGGAGGAGAAAUGAAGAAGCUAUGUUAAUUUCUGGUGAGUAAGACUUGGGGAAUGUUUGGCAAUGACAAAAGAAAUAAAUGGCUCUCACUUAGAAUGA